UCGUCUCCGGGCGACGGAACUGAUACUAACAGUUCCCACACAACCACCACAACAGCCAUCAGUGGUGACAAAAUACCCGAAGACUUAGAUUUGCAACUGUUUUCAUUAGACCAAAAGCUAUACGACAGCUCCGAUGGCAUCGAUUUUGGCCGCAAUCACCACAUUAUCAACAAUUACCACAAGAACACAGAAGAAUACGACCGUUCGCUGCCUCUCAUCGCCCGACAGAUAGCGGUAAACGAGAUGAACGACUCGGAGGUGAAUAUACUGAAAGAGCUAUACGAGGCCACAGUUGUGCUCAGACACCCGUCAUUAGACACCGUCAAAGAGAUCACUGACUUCGAGGAGCUGAAGACAGCUACCACUUCCAAGUUUGAGUACGAGAUCCGCAAUUUGAUCAAAAUGUGUAAACAGUUGAACGCAUUUCACGGCAUCUGCGAAGAGGACAAGAUAUCGCUACUGAAGUACCGGUGCUUUGAAGUGAUUUUUUUGCGAACGAUCACUAUAUUUGACUUCCAGUCCAACGACUUCAAGAUGUUUGCCGACGAGAGCACUUCAAUAGUGUUCAAAAUAGACUUAAUUAAACACACAAAACGAGGCCUCUAUUCAGAGCUCAACGAGUAUUUGCGAUUUAUUGGCCCGGAAUGGGAUUCAGACCCCAUUAUACUCGAAACGUUGAUGGUUAUAUCGCUAUUCAACCCCAACUGUCCAAACCUCAUACACCGGGAAGUUGUGAAGUUUCAACAGCAACUGUAUAUGCGUUUACUUCACCGCUAUUUAAGGCACAGAUAUCGGACGGAAAGCGAUAAGAAAUACAUGAAACUCAUGAAUACGAUUACCUUUGCCAACACAUUGGGCCACAAACAACGGGGUAAUGUCACCGAUCGUGGUCUCGACCACAACAUCAUGUCUUCGGCCAAUAUCUUCUACAAAUCGCCGCUCAAUGGCUUCAAAACACGAUGCGUUCAAUUGGAUGGACACGAGAAGAGUGUCCAUCAGUUGUCGCAACGGAUAUCACUUCUUGAGGCGAUUCCCGAAAAGGACUUCAAAUUAUACGCAAACGACAAACCGUUGUCAGCGAGCGAUGUCUUGAGGGACGGCUCAGUGGUGUGGCUCUCGAUGGGAGGCCUGAGGGGCGGAAAGGGAGGCUUCGGGUCGAUGUUGAGGGCUAUCGGCGCUCAGAUUGAGAAGACCACGAAUAGGGAGGCGUGUCGUGACCUCACGGGUCGUCGACUGCGAGAUAUCAACGAAGAGAAACGUAUUAAAGAGUGGAUCAAAAAGGAGGCGCUCAGGAAGAAGGAGAUGGACGAG